AGCCAGGCUUCUUCUGCAGGCAGGCUAUUAUAGCGAACACCUUGAAAGUUGACAAGGAUCGCACGCCUCUGUUCAGGUUGAAGGUGGUAAGUUUUACUGGUGGCAGAGGACUCGGAGCCGGAGAAAGAGCACCCCCAUCAGUGAUCACUUCCGUGCUGAUUGCACAAUCCUUCUUGUUCCAACUCAUCAAGUUGGUGUCUUCAGGUGGUCACUUUCUUUUGACAACAUGAUUGGUGGUUUUGAGCAGCCAUGGGUUCCUUUCUGAAAGCUGUUUGGUAGUUUUCCAGAUUCUCAGAGCCCAAGUAGAGCCAUUUGGCGGUAGAAGGUUUGGCGAUACUUCAUUGAAGUCCCAUUUAGGUGCACUUUCUCUGUGAGCGUGCAAUGCAGCUUUAGUCCUUGCACUUGCUACUUUGGCUAGCUCUUCAUAUUUGCAGAAGGUCUUAGAGGUGCGAAUCAAGCCCAUUCUUGUAAAGCAGAAAGCACCACUUCAUAUCCUUGAAUGCACAAUUAGUCUGGCAAGAUGUUGCAAGCAGGAAAGACCUCCCCCGCGGCCCUCGCAGAGCUCAAGCAGCGGGUGCUCUGGUCCCUGAGCAAGCUUAGCGACAGGGACACUCAGCAAUACGCAGUGGAAGAUUUAAUUGCGAUUGUGGAUCGGCUUACGGUCGAUGCCAUCCCAACGUUUCUUGCCUGUCUUUAUGACACGGACCUCCAGCAGAAGAGCUUUGCAAGGAAGGAGAGCGUGCGCCUUCUCGGGAUCAUGGCGGCAGUGCACGGAAGGACAAUUGCACCGCAUCUUUCUAAGAUGAUUGCCAAUGUGGUCCAACAUUUCAAGGACCAGGACUCCAAAGUGCGCGAUGCAUGUGCCGAGACGAUGGGAGUGAUUGCCGCAGAGGCGUUCCCAGCAAACGGUGCCGCAGCGGACGGGUCCAGUCCACUUAACCCCCUGGGGGCGUUCUUCCGCCCGCUCUUUGAGGCGAUGAGCGAGCAGAACAGGAACAUCCAGCUGACCGCUGCCGCGAGCCUCGGUCGCGUGAUCCAGUGCACCAACAUCCCGCUUGCAUCCAGCCUGCCGAAGCUGUGCCCCCGUGUUGUCAAGUCGCUGAGCGCCCCCAAUUUUCUGGCCAAGGCGCCCCUCCUGGACUCUGUCCGUACCCUGAUUGAGGUCACUGGCCCAGACAUCGUUCCCUUCUUGCCCGUACUGCUACCCCCAACCCUGGCGGCCUUUCUCAGCCCGGAUUGGAUGACCCGCAAAGCUGGGGCGCACGUUGUACAGCAGGUGGCAACUAGCGUGGGCUCAGCCGCAAGCGCGCACAAGGAGACUCUUGUGGCCAAGCUGGAAAAGCACCGCUUUGACAAGGUAAAAGCGGUUAGGGACGCCGUUAGCGACGCUCUGAAUAUGUGGAAGGACGUGGAGGACGCGCCGCGGCCCACGUCGUACUCGCAGUACCGACUGAAACACGGCCGACCAUCGCUCGCGGCCGAGGUCUCAGACCAAGUCGGCGAGUCCCCAUCAUCAGCCGACUCCCCCACCAUGAGCGAGAAGGACGAUCAGCCAAUUGCCGCAGAUAUCUCUACGCCCGAGUCGGUCCCGGAAGCUCCGGAAGCCAAACCCGUCCUCACGCCCAGGACUCCAGCCCGCCCGAGCCCCUCCCCGGCGCGGCCGAAGCGGCCGCCAACAGGGACACGUGUCAAGCGGACGUCGCUCCGGGAGAUGCGGCAAGCGAGCCCCGGAGGGUGGGGGGGUAGCGGGGACAAGUGGGCGGUCGAAGUGGCAGUGCCGAAAAGUGCGCGGUACAAAGAGGAGGCGGAAAUUAUUUCGGGGGGGUCAAAUGGGGAACACUUAGAAGGGGAUCAGGGGGGAGGGAAUGAGCAUAGGAGAAAACUGGACAUGAGUUCAAGCGAUGUGGGAACGAGUGGAUGGGGCGAGGAGGGCCGGCUGACGCGCGAGGAAGAAAAUAAACCCGAAAAGGAAGGAAGCGGAAGCGAAAUCGGGGAAGUAAAGUGGGAGAAGGGCUCCGAAAGGGCGCAGGAGCAGGAAAGGGAACUAGAAGGGCGAGGUUUGCACGGGGCGAGCCGCCUGCUAGAGAUCGGUGAGGGGGGCGAGUCUCCGGUCGAUCCGAGUCACAACAGGAGUGCGCGCUGGAUGGACAGCUCCGUCGUGCGGAGCUUUGAGACCGUGACGGGGCAGAAUGGAGAGGUGGAUGGCGGCGUUCCAGGCCUGCUCUCGGACAAUUUCGGUGCGUUGCAAAGGGACGACUCUCACCGACCAAACGGGGCCUCUGUCGUACUCCCAAGCCCACGGGUUGCGGCCCUGGCAGGCCCGCUCGGUUACGAAGAGGCGAAGCCGUCCCCGCGAGAGCGCCGGAAAUGGGGCCAGCCAGAAGUGGGACACUUGCAGAGCGGGGAACACAGCGUGCCUUUCGGGGCCGAUGAUCCGCAAACGGACCUCGCGUCCACUCAGCGGACGGAGUUCUCUCCCUCGGAAACGAGUCACGAAGAAAACGCAAACGCCUCGUAUACGGGUCAGUUGGAAAUCGCGAACGAGCCCGCGGGGUCCUCGUCUGGAGAGGGGCCCUCCAACGGGGUUGCGCAGCGGGCGGAGUUUGAACGGGGGCCUGCGGCCGCUGCUGAGGAGUUGGAAGAGCGAUUAACGAAAUGGGGGGGGGUGGCGCAGGGGCUGGCGAGGAGCGGCGGAGGGGGGGGGGAGUGGAUCGAGGUGAAGCAGCAGCUGGCAAGGCUGGAGCAGCAGCAGGCGCAGCUGAUGACCAUGCUCCAGGACAUGGUGACCCGGAGUCAGACCGCUCUCAACGGGGUCGAGUCUCGAGUGUCUUGGAUGGAGCGUCGGCUCGACGAGGCCCUGUCCCAGCAAACGUUGUAUUCCGGAGGUGGAGGCUUGGCGACGACCCCGUCGCCCCGGGCGCUCGACGGGGCCUUUGCCAGCUCGCCCAUUUCCCGGCUUUCUCGUCCUCAAAACGGAGGCGUGCGGCGAUGGAGCGGCACCCAGUACUCGAACCCUGUCGCUGACCCCCCUGCCACGGAGCACCCGUUUUCCUUCCGGCCAAGCCCCCUCCGAGAACAGCUAACGAGAAAAAGCCAGGACGAGCCUUCGCCCAGUCCUUCAACUCUCCCGCUUGCACAGAGACCCCUCUCCGCCCGCUCCGGGCCCGACUUUGCUGACAUCAGCGCAAGCCCGUCCGCCCACUACGCUAACGUCAGCAACGGGCUCCCCAGAGAGUACGCCGCCGUAAGCGCGGGGCCGCCUUUGCAGUACGCUGACGUUAGCGGAGGACGUUACAAUCACGGCGACGGCGCGAGUCGAAGAUUUGCGGGGGAAACGACGGACGCCGGGGGAUCCCCCGCCGAGCGGGGGAGUCCGUUGGUGUCGCGGAGGGUCAGCGGGGUCGGGGCGGAGGCCGCAGCCCACGGGGCCAAGGCGUGGAGCGCCGCGCAAGAGUGGCUGCGGCACGGCAAGGUGGAAGAAGCGUACAUGGAGGUGCUGAGCCUGGGGGACGAGCUACAGCUCAUCCGCCUGCUGGGGCGGACUGGACCGGUCCUCUUUCAACUUACCCCCCCCACCGCGGCCGAGGUCAUCUCCAUCUUGGCGGUUCUGCUGAAGCAGGAGAGCUUUCUUGACGUCAUCUUGCCGUGGAUGCACCAGCUGGCGGACCCCGCAAACGACGCCCUGCUGCCACGUGGCCUCCAAAGAGAGGUCGUGUGGGCGCUCCAAGUCGUGGCUGCGCAGCCCACACUGAGCGGCAGCGAGGCGGCCAAGCUCGUGACGACGCUGUGUGCGUUGUGGGCGCCCGCGUUUGUUGAGUGACAACACCGAAGGAGUCGCCCACAAGGUAGAUCGCAGAAGAACUGCCGUCGUUAAUGGUGCCUCGAAGCUUCGGACGACCAUGAAAGCGCAUGCUUGGAAGAUGAGUUGGAGAGUCCUGGUUCUGUGUUGUCCGUCGAAUAUUAACAAGAGUUGCCCCUGCGCCCUACUUUCCACUAACAUCCGCCUCGAUCCUGAGAUCAGUGUUGAGAGAUUGAGACCGCCCGUCUUAAGUCAAGAUUAACCACCGCCCCUUCAAGUAGUUCGCAACGUCCACCAGAUGAACGCGUUAUGCUAGUAGCGCAGACUCGAUCGGCUCUGCAACAAGUUUCAUGAUCUUGAGAGAAGGUGUAACGACCUGCAACAAGAAAGACGUCAAAAGGUUGCAGGCGGAAGGCUGUGCACAGCAGCUAACGAUUGUAUAGAGCAGGACCUGAACAAGUAUCAGAACUAACCUACCCCUGACCGCGUUAAGAAGACUUUGACUAGGAUUACUACAACACUAACCGGUAAGAAGUAUCAGCAUCCGAAAAUAGGGACGCAGACGCUCACGAGUUGAUUUUAUCCCACCCGAGUUGAGUAGGUAUUGCCCGGCACCAAACAGAUCACGUUAUCUAUACUAUAGCUGACAGGAA